CAGAGCGAUAAAGAAUUUGAUCGCACCCCAAAAAGGUUUUCAUAAUUUGUAUUUAUUAUUAUUCAGUAAUAAAUAAUAUUCGUUUCUGGAGGAAAAGGCAGCAGCGUGAUGAGGACCCAUUUACUCAUCACUGCUCAUCAACAAGCUCCCCACUCACCAAAGACCACGCUCGCACACGUGUCCCCUCCUCCGUCCCACACAUGUCUCACCGUACCACCCUCCCCGCCAAAACUUUCUUAUAAUUACCGGCCCAAGUCACAGGCCAGAAGCAGCAGAUCAAGACUCAGCGACUGUGACGUGAGCGAAAUGGAGGAAGCUCGGAAGCUUCGCUCGGAGUUCCUCAAAGUUCUGCGGAGCAGACGAUCGGGCGAAGUUCCAAUGUUGGUCGAGCCGGCCAAACCGGUGGCGAAUCCGUUGUUUCAGGAGGCUAAUCCACCAAGCUUCAGUGAGGAAAUAUUUGAACAACGGAUUGAAAUCCCAGAAGCUUACCUUGCAGAGAGAGAGACUUGCUUUCCUCGGGAGAGACGAAGAUCGACGAUCGAUUUCUUUACGGUCGGGUUAGGAAUGGGAUUUGAUAUACGGUGCGAAAAGGGACAUGGAAUAGGGAAACACCGACGAAUCAGCACCCGCCACGUUUCCGAUUAUAUUUUGUCACCAAACAAUAGUUUCCUUUCUUUUUUGGUCAGACACAUGAGAUAUUGACCGAAAAAAAACAUAGGGCAUUUGACCAAAAAUAUGGUUGACAACGUAUCAUAAUGUAAAUAGAGGGAUAUUAGGUCUCGGAAAAUGAGCCCUGUAAUACAAGUUUCAGAAGAAAAAUUGGUAAAAUACACUAAUAUUUACAUUCACAACUUAAUCAUCUACUUUGCAAACGUGGUUACGAGCGUUCAUAUCUACCCUUGAGGUUGUCAAGCACUUGACACUACCGACUCAAAUAGAAGGUGUAUAAAAUUUUACAAUUGUGGUUAAUAAAAAAAACCUAAACCAACAAAUAUGGAAUUGCACCAGGAAAAGCUCACAGUACUAUUUACUUUAACAAAAAAUCACAUUUUUAUAUUAAAAAGUUAAACCUAAUACUAUUCACUUCACCUUUAUUUUGUCCUUAUCGUUAAAAUUAAAAAUUUCAAAAAUUUUUCAUUAAUUUUCCUUAAUUAUAUACGAUUUACUCUGGAGUCCUUUUACAAAGUCAAAGGAGGCAAGAUGCGGUUUUUAUUGUGUCACAUCUAAAGUCCGACAGGUGAUAAGUUCAAUUGGCACCGGAUCGGAUGAUUUACUACGAGGAACAUUAGGCUUUGAAUUAGUCUAGUCGUUGACUGUUGAAACUAGAUACAGAUUCAGCCACCCACCAAAUAAGACGAAAACGUAAAUCAAGAAAAUACACAAAAAGAAAAAUUAGGGUUUGGAGAGUAAAACUGAAAAAAAAAACAAAAAAAAUGCAGAUCUCAUAUAAAAUUCAAUCUCUAAAUCACAUGGAGGUCUCCCAUUUUUAUCGGGGUUUUUUUCUACAAAGAAUGUACACGUUCCCAAUCACAAACCCAGAUUAUGGAGUCAAAUGCCCAACAAACAAAAAAAUUAUAUAUAUAUAU